AUGUUGUUGCCUAUCUGGAACCAUCCAACAAAUGCACCUAGUGCAAGCGGUACCAAUAACCCUGCCCCUCAAGCAACUGCAUGUGCGCAUCAAGGCCAUAUUGCAAUGACUUAUAAUGAGGGACCUAGCGAUGUCACUGCCAAGGUAUUGAAUGGGCUCAAGGCUGGCCAAGCCAAAGCAAGCUUUUUCGUCAAUGCUACCUGGUUGUACACCCAGCAAUACGCCAUGAUUUUGCAACGUGCAUACAACGACGGUCAUUUGAUCGGCAUGACAUAUAGAGCACCUGGUGAUUCAUCUGAAGGACUUACGGACCAACAGAUUCGUGAUGAUGUUACCAACACGGCCAAGGUGAUCGAGACGUUGAUUGGCGUUGCACCCAAAUACAUCCGUUUGCAUUACUCUCAACCCGAAGACACCCGCUUGGAAAAUAUUGUGCGUGAUAUGGGCUACACCCUUAUCUAUUACAAUCUCGAUACACAAGAUUACAACUACAAGAACAAUCCUAAAGGCCUUGCCGAGCUAUACAAAUCAACCUUUGAAAAGCAGCUUGAUACAUAUGACUCCAAGGGAUCAUUCAUUUCAGUGCAAUACGACAUCCCUGAUACUGGAUCAUGGCAAGCCAUUUAUGAUACCAUCAACGAAAUUGAUAAAGCUGGUUACACCAUGGUGCGCUUGGAUGGAUGUCUCAAUGACAAGAAGCCAUACAAGAAAUCUGCCACAUCCAAGGAGUUUGUCAGCGAUAAGCAUUCACUUGGUGCAUCAAGCUACAAGCAAGGUCAAAAGAUGGUUGAUGAACCACCCCAAGUGACGAGUGACAAAAAGUCCGAUGAUGCCAUGAAUGAGGAUAAGGAACUACAGGAGAAUGAAGCUGUUUCUUGGUCCUCCUGGUCAAGCUGGAUCAGCACGGCAUCCUUUGCUAUCAUCAUGUGCCUUUUGGCUUAA